AUGCUUGGCUGCAGGCACUGCUGCCGUGUCAGAGGACAACGCUUUCUAGGACGACAGAGGCUGUUAAGGGUGCGAACAGAGGUGAUUCUGAAUUUCCAUCUUCCUACGCCGCAUUACCAUCAUCCCGCUGUGGAUGUGCCGCAGCUGAGCAGGAAGAUAGUUGAUUUCGUAGUCGGAACACAUCUAAUCCGCACGCUCACGAAGGACUUCCAGAAUCCAGACGUCAACAAAACAGAGUGGACCUUGGAGAUCACAAUCGAGAACAUCCAAGACAAAGACCCAUCCUUCACAAUCACAAUCGCCAUCUGCGAAGCCGUCAAAGCAACAUGGUGGCCCUCUUCGAACGAAAUGAUCGUCAACCUCCCCUCAACAGUCGAAACCUGUGUCUCCGUAUACACGCACAACGGCAAGGGCAGUGCCGUUGCAGCGACAGGAAUGGCCCAGUCAGCUGGUGCAGUUUACGUUGAUGAAUGUCCCCAGGUUCAGCCUGGUGUCAACUUGAGUGAUCUCGAUGAUGUGGUUUUGCAGGUUGAUAAAUUGGCACUGAUCCCUGUUCAUCGUCGGGCUUCGUAUGUCAGUAGGUAUGCUUUCAAUGCUUAUGAGGAUCAGAUGAGGUUAUGUGCAAAGGAUACCACGCCAAAUCCCAGCGCAAGGACCAGAGCCAAACGAAACGGAAAAUCCCCUACAUCCCUUUUGACCAGCGACAUAGGCCGAGACAAUGAACACAAUAUCCGCAUCAACCAGCACAGCAGCACGAGCGGCACAAUCCACCACAUCAAACAAACCCUACACAUUGACGUGCUCCUUUGA